GCAUCAUUUGCAUUUUCUUAUCGCCUUAAAUUUGAUUACUCAGCUUGAAUGUCGGCGUUGGCUGUAAUGCUUGGGAACGCUCGCCUUCAUCCUGAAGAGGAGGAGGCAAUGUGCCAGGAAAACCUCGCCAAGGAGUUUACAUGGAUCCAGUCAAGUCGAGCUCGGAAGACAUUCAAUAACGUACUUUGGUCACUGCGAGAAUGCUGCAUUCGUCUACAUUUGGGCCACAAAUGCGAUCCUCGUUUGGCCGUUCCGAUAACGCAACCUCUCGCGGAAAGACACAUUCUAACCGCAAAGCAGGGAGGAGAUGCGUUGAAGGCAACUGUUACUCUUCUUGGUGAUAACGUCAUUCAAGCUGAGGUAGCGGUGAAGCAUGCCAAGUCAGCCGGUGGUAUGUUUCGUGCUGUCGCACAACCUGAUGUUCAGUGGAAAUUGCAGCAACUCCAGGACCUUGGAAAUCACAUUGCGCGUGCAUCGGUGUCCUUGUGCGAGGCAGAUGUACGAAUGUCCGAAUUGUCUCGAUCAGGAGAAUUUACCGCGGAGACCGGUGAACUGAUAUUGUCCGCUGCCCGAGAAGCUAAAAUUGAAAUAUCUGCUGCACGAACCUCUAUCCUGCUUCCAAGGAAAAAAUCACUGCUAGAACUCUGCCAUUUUCCACCCACUCGACGUUUCAAUCCUCCUCUUCCACAGGAUCAGCUGCUUUCAUUCUAUAUAUCCAGCUGCAAACUUGUUUGUGCCUCUUAUCACAUGGUACCGAAGCAGAGCGCCCCACAAGGACUUUCUAUUACAAUGGCAGAGUGCCAGUUACCUUAUCUAGAAGAAGUUUUGAAACAGUUGAAUUUGGCUUUGACUCAUAUUGAACGGCUGAUUGUGAACUUGGAGAUGUGUCAGCCAAAUUUGAGACUUGUUGUUAUCCGCUUGGGUAUUCCCUCAAUAUGCCUGGGUAUAUCUGUCGGUAUUUUCCCCAUCAAGCGUCCUUCGCGUGCCUCGCAAAGGCUAAGCACGUUCAACUUGUGCACACAUGGCUCGGUGCGAAAAGUGCAAGCUGGAUGGAGCCGUUCAAUAUUCGUGUGGAGCAUUGCGCUGCCUACUCUUACAUACAAUUGGCUGGUUUUUUGGUUUAAAAGCCUUUUGAAGUCUUACUCGAUGCUGACCGCUCGUGUCAUUUGUGCUCGCGCUUCGGCCGUCAACGCCCUCCUCUUCGCCUCGUCUAGGAAUUUCUCUAGGACUGCAUUCGCUAUGGCUGGAGUUCGCAAGGAACGAGACACCUUUGGUGAACUUGAAGUGCCAGCUGACAAGUACUAUGGAGCUCAAACCGCACGUUCAAAGAUGAACUUCAAAAUCGGUGGUCCGGAAGAGCGCAUGCCAAUUCCAGUCGUACACGCUUUUGGAAUCCUCAAAAAAGCUGCUGCGAUUGUCAACACCGAGUACGGCCUAGAUAAGAAAAUUGCCGAUGCUAUCUGCAAUGCAGCUGAUGAGGUUAUUGCGGGUAAACUUGAUGACCAUUUCCCUCUUGUUACAUGGCAAACCGGAUCUGGUACUCAAUCGAACAUGAAUGUGAACGAAGUCAUCUCAAACAGGGCAAUUGAAAUGCUUGGAGGACAGUUGGGUUCAAAGACACCUGUGCACCCCAACGAUCAUGUGAACAUGAGUCAGUCUAGCAAUGACACGUUCCCCACCGCAAUGCAUAUCGCUGUAGCUAGGGAGGUCAAUGCCCGUCUUCUACCAGCACUGAAACAGCUUCAUGACUCACUUGAGAAGAAAUCGAACGAAUUUAAGGACAUCAUUAAGAUUGGCCGUACUCACACUCAAGAUGCUGUGCCAUUGACUCUUGGUCAGGAGUUCUCUGGUUACGUGCAACAGGUUGAAAACGGCAUCGAGCGCGUUAAGUCAACAUUGCCUCGCCUUUACCAGCUAGCUGCUGGUGGUACAGCAGUAGGAACUGGUUUGAACACUCGUAAGGGCUUUGCAGAGAAAGUUGCAAAGACCGUCUCCGAUCUUACUGGAUUACCAUUCACUACUGCACCCAAUAAAUUCGAAGCUCUAGCUGCGCACGAUGCUUUAGUAGAAGUUCAUGGCGCUUUGAACACCUUAGCUGCGUCAUUCAUGAAAAUCGCCAAUGAUAUUCGUUUCCUUGGCUCUGGACCAAGAUGCGGUUUGGGAGAGCUUUCUCUUCCCGAGAACGAGCCUGGAAGCUCAAUCAUGCCUGGAAAGGUCAAUCCCACUCAAUGUGAGGCUAUGACCAUGGUUGCUGCACAGGUCAUGGGUAAUCAGGUUGCUGUCACUGUCGGAGGUUCGAAUGGUCACUUUGAGCUGAACGUCUUCAAGCCACUGAUGGUCAAAAAUGUUCUGCAGUCUACCAGGCUGCUGGCUGAUGUUGCUGUCUCAUUCUCAGUGAACUGCGUUGAUGGCAUCAAGGCUAACAAGGAGAAUAUCGCUAGGAUUAUGCGCGAAUCACUUAUGCUUGUCACUGCUCUUAAUCCACAUAUCGGCUAUGACAAUGCUGCAAAGAUUGCUAAAACCGCCCACAAGAAUGGCACUACAUUGAAGGAAGAAGCAAUCAAGUUAGGCAUCCUAACAGAGGACCAGUUCAACCAAUGGGUGAAACCAGAAAACAUGAUUGGACCCAAGUGAACUUAGGCUGUUAAGCCUGACGUGUUGUGAACACAAAGAACUAAAGCCGGUUGUUUCUGUUCAUUGUUUCUGCAUUUUAAUUAGAGAGACCUUAGUUGUAGAGUUUACUAAUGAAGUGUAUUGUAUUUAUUGACAUAUGUCUAGUAGUUAUAAAUUAGUUAGUGCUCUUUUUAU